AUGUCAGACCCCGCGAACUACACCGUAGGCUGGAUCUGCGCCUUGCCCGUGGAAUACGUUGCCGCACAAGAAUUCCUCGAUGAAGAGCACGAAAAACCUAGCUUUGUAUCGCCAAAUGACACCAACGACUAUACAUUAGGCAAGAUGUGCGAGCACAACGUCGUCAUCGCCGUCUUACCUGAUGGUGAAUAUGGCACAGCUUCCGCGGCCAAUGUAGCCACAAAUAUGCUGAACACCUUUUAUAAUGUCAGAAUAGGCCUUAUGGUCGGCAUUGGUGGCGGCGUACCAAGCGAAAAGCAUGACGUUCGUCUAGGCGAUGUCGUGGUCAGUGCGCCUCGUGGUAGUCAGGGUGGUGUUUUCCAGUACGACUUUGGCAAGUCGAUACAAGGCCAAGAAUUUCAGUAUACACGGUUCUUAAACCAACCACCAACUACACUUCGCACUGCGAUAACAGGGAUACAAGCGCAAUAUAAGAGAAAGGGGCAUAAGCUUAUAGAGGCUAUCAAUCUUAUCCUCGAUACGAACGUUCGAUUGCGCAGCGAGUACGAACGUCCGGAAUCAAGCACGGAUAGGCUCUUCCAGCCGUCUGUCAACCAUGAAUCAGAUUGUGAUACUGUAUCCUAUGCAAACAAUGCCUCAAACUUGGUUCUACGUCGUGAGCGGUCCGAAUAUGAAGAUAAUCCUACAAUUCACUAUGGCCUGAUUGCUUCUGCGAACCAGUUGAUGAAGGAUGCUUUGAUUCGAGAUAGACUAGCAGCGGAGAAAGACGUUCUCUGUUUUGAAAUGGAAGCAGCCGGACUGAUAAACACCUUCCCCUAUCUGGUUAUCCGGGGUGUCUGCGACUACUCGGAUUCGCAUAAGGGCAAAGAGUGGCAAGGGUAUGCAGCGAUGGUGGCGGCUGCGUACGCCAAGGAUCUUCUACAGAGGAUACCAUUGAACAAAAUUGAGGCCGAGGAGAGGAUUAGUGUUAUUCUAUCUGACGUACUGGAAAGCACUCAAAGGCAACUACAGCAAGCGUACGAUCAACAAGAGAAACACUAUAAUGAGCAGAACGCAAGAACUUUGAGGCUUGAACAACAAAAAUGUCACAGAGCUUUUUACAUAUCGAAUUACACGGAGCACAAGGACAUCAAUCCAAUGCGAACGGAAGGAACCUGCCAAUGGGCCCUACAGAGUACUGAAUAUAUUCGUUGGCAGAAAAGCUGCUACAAUGAUCUUAUUUGGUUAUCUGCCGAUCCAGGUUGCGGGAAGUCCGUAUUAGCCAAAUCAAUCAUCGAUAACUGCUUGCUAGCUUCUAGUCCAGCGUUGUUCAUCCACCGGCCUCACCUUCUUUGCUAUGCAUUGCCCUCCUACGAGACGAAGGAGGAAGGACUUCAGAAAGAUGCCGAUGAACUUUGGCGGAUAUUUAUAACAGCAACAUCAGCCGAAGCAUCUUGCACAACCUUUUGCAUUUUCGAUGCGCUUGACGAAUGCUGUGACCGCGAUCAACGUUGGCUGAUUCAGAAGCUUAAGGAAUUUCACUCUCAGUCAUGUUCAACACAAGAUACCUGUUUGAAAUUCCUAGUCACUAGUCGCCCCUAUAACCACAUCCAGAAUCGCUUCCGAGAUAUCACAGAGUCUUUCCCACAUCUACAUCUAAAAGGGGAGGAAGAAAAUGAUCAAAUCCACAAGGAGAUAGAUCUAGUGGUGAAGAUCAGAGUGGGACAAUUGGCUAAAACAGCACGAUUAUCAUCCAAUACACAACAGCGACUUGAGCAGCAUCUACUUCAAAUAGAACACCACACUUAUCUUUGGUUAGAUUUGGCCAUGGAUGACAUUGAAGAUACCUUCAAAUGUAGCCUAUUGCCUGAUCAAGAAUCGAUCCGACUGAUCCCGGCCUCUGUGAAUACGGCAUAUAAAAAAAUUCUCCGCCGAGUCCCGUGUGACCAAGUGAAUACCGUGAGAAAUAUCUUCCAGAUUAUCAUCGCGGCAAGGCGUCCUUUGACAACACGGGAAAUGGCCAUGGCGUUGGGUAUGGCUCGUUGCCGAGAAUCGGGAACAGCAGCACAGGCCGAAAUAAACCCAGAUAACAUGGGCUGGAAGCUACGACUCCUAUGCGGCCUAUUUAUCUUCAUCAACAAUUCUAGAAUCUACCUUAUUCAUCAGACGGCAAGGGAGUUUCUCAUCGCAAAAGAGAAUACACAGCUAGAGCGCACAGAAUGGAGGCAAUGUUUGAAUCUCCAAAAGGCCCAUCAAAUGCUAUCGAAAGUAUGCGUGACCUACCUAUACCUAGACAAUCUUCAAAGGGACAAUCUUCAGCUACCUGGUGACAACCAAGCCCGCAUGGAAAGCAAUCUAUUGUUGAGUUAUUCCGCAACCUAUUGGACUGAACAUAUGAGAGAGGCGGAAAGCUUAGCAGUUGAGAUUCUCCAACUAGCGGCUAACCUCUGCGAAGAAAAACAGAUAUCUUUAUGGUUCUGCUUCGUAGAACCACAAUUUCAGCAUCGGUAUCGGGUUGCUACUAAUAAGCCACUUCCAGCUUUCUGGGCGGUGAGGUGGGGAUUGAAAGAUGUUGCAGAGUUGAUUUGGAAAGAUCCAAAGUUGAAGAUCACGGAUGAUGUUGUGCAAGAAGCCGCAGCUAAUGAAGAGAAUGGAAUGACGAUCAUGAGUUGUCUUCUUGACCAGAGGGGAGAUGAAAUCAAAAUCACUGAAGAUGUCAUGAAAAAAGCUGCAGGGAACGAGAGAAGCGAAUUCGAAAUCACGAAACUUCUUCUCAAUCGACGAGGUGAAGAAGCGAAAAUCACUGAUGGUGUUAUCCAAAAGGCCGCAGCAAAUGAGAGAAAUGGAAUCGAAAUCUUGAAACUCCUUAUCGACCGAGGAGGAAAGGAUGUUAUGAUCUCGAGUAGGGUCAUGGAAUCAGCUGCGGCGAACUGGUGGGGUGGUGUCAACAUGAUAAAGUACCUACUAGAUCAAAAGGAAGUUGGAAUCAGGGGGACCAGGAUCACGCAAAGCGUUUUAAGAGCGGCCUUAACGAACCCGGAAGGGGACACUAUCAUCAAACUACUGCAACCCAGAAGUUACCUAAUCAAGAAGAUCAUGAGACGAAAUCACGAUGAUCGACGAAGC